CGUAAACGGAAACGAAACAAAACAGCGCCUCCUCCCUUCUUCCCUUCUCAAUUUUCUCUCUCCUCCCUUUCCCCCCUCUCUCUCGGAUCAAUCCCAUUGUUGCAGCGGCAGCGGCAGCGGCAGGAGAAAGAAGAAGGAAAGAAAGGAAAAAAAGGGAGGAAAACCCAUCAUUGAUCCAGAAAAACCCAAUUCGAUUUGAUUCUGCUUUUGUUAUUAGAUUGGCAUCUGGGAUUUCUUUUGCGAGAGGGAGGUAAAACGAAAAAAAAAAAAAGAAAAGAAAGAGAAGCCAUCAACCCAUUUACAGUUUCUUCUGUAAUGGGGUGGCUCUUGGUGUAGGACGAGGAAGGCGUUGAAUCUCCAAUGCGGUCUUAGAGGGGAAGACCCAGACAAGGCGGAGAGAGGAAGAAUCAUUUUCUUGAGGAAUUUUGCGGAGCUGGGCGGAUCUUGGGCAGAUUGGGAAUAAGGGAUCCCCGCCGAUGGUGGGAAGGGCAUUGCUGGGAUCGCAAGGACAAGUGACGAAGGCAAACAAGCAGCUGGUAUUGGCUCGAUUUGUUCUUACAAUUGCUGUUUGUGGUGCUGCUAGGGUAGUGCGGCUGCAUACGAGAAGAAUAUGCAGCUUCACAUCUCGCCUAGCAUGAGAAGCAUCACGAUAUCGAGCAGUAACAGCAAUGGGGGGUUUAUUGACUUGAUGAAGAUCAAGGUCGCAGCUCGCCACAUCUCUUAUCGAACCCUUUUCCACACCAUUCUCAUUCUUGCUUUCUUGUUGCCCUUUGUCUUCAUUCUCACUGCCCUCGUUACCCUUGAAGGUGUCAACAAUUGCUCCUCAUUCGAUUGCUUAGGUAGGCGACUUGGACCAAGGCUUCUUGGCAGGGUCGAUGAUUCUGGGAGGUUGGUCAAGGACUUCCACAAGAUACUGAAUCAAGUUAAUACAGAGGAAAUCCCUAAUGGUCUAAAGCUCCCGGAGUCAUUUAGUCAACUCGUUGCUGAAAUGAAGAGCAACCAAUACGAUGCAAAGACAUUUGCUCUGACAUUGAGAGCUAUGAUGGAGAAAUUUGAAAGGGAAAUUAGAGAAUCGAAAUUCGCAGAGCUGAUGAACAAACACUUCACUGCAAGUUCCAUUCCAAAAGGCAUCCACUGUCUCUCUUUGCGUUUGACGGAUGAAUAUUCCUCUAAUGCACAUGCGCGCAGGCAACUGCCUGCUCCAGAGUUGCUCCCUUUGUUGUCUGACAACUCUUACCAUCACUUCAUACUAUCAACAGACAACAUUUUGGCAGCAUCUGUUGUUGUGACUUCUACUGUGGCAUCAUCUCUAAGACCUGAAAAGAUUGUCUUUCAUGUCAUCACUGACAAGAAGACUUAUGCCGGGAUGCAUUCUUGGUUUGCGCUAAACCCUGUCUCCCCUGCUAUCAUUGAAGUCAAAGGCGUCCAUCAGUUUGAAUGGUUGACCAGGGAGAAUGUUCCCGUGCUCGAAGCUGUAGAGAGCCAUAAUAGUAUCAGGAACUAUUAUCAUGGAAAUCAUGUUGCUGGAACAAAUCUCAGUGAUACAACUCCACGUAUGUUUGCUUCAAAACUACAAGCUAGAAGUCCAAAGUACAUUUCCUUACUCAACCACCUGCGGAUAUAUUUACCUGAGCUGUUCCCGAACCUCGAUAAGGUGGUAUUUUUGGACGAUGAUGUUGUCAUUCAGCGUGAUCUAUCUCCACUUUGGGAUAUUGACCUUAAAGGAAAGGUUAAUGGUGCUGUGGAAACAUGUAGAGGCGAGGAUGAGUGGGUGAUGUCCAAGCGUUUCAAGAACUACUUCAAUUUUUCUCAUCCCCUCAUAGCAAACAACUUGGACUCAGAAGAAUGUGCUUGGGCUUAUGGAAUGAAUGUAUUCGACCUUCAUGCAUGGAGGAAGACAAGUAUAAGAGAAACAUACCAUUCCUGGUUGAGAGAGAAUCUGAAAUCAAACCUGACCAUGUGGAAGCUUGGAACCUUGCCCCCAGCUUUGAUUGCAUUUAAAGGUCAUGUGCAUGCAAUUGAUCCUGAGUGGCAUAUGCUAGGGUUGGGGUAUCAGAAUAAGACAGACAUUGAAAGUGUGAAGAGAGCUGCAGUAAUCCACUACAAUGGCCAGUCAAAACCAUGGUUGCCAAUCGGGUUUGAGCAUUUGCGGCCAUUUUGGACAAAGUAUGUCAAUUACUCCAAUGAUUUUGUACGCAACUGCCACAUCAUGGAGACGUAGCCAACUCAUACAACGAUAGAGAGAGAUAGAAUUAUUAGCUGAGUGAUAUGAAUUGUCACAUGAAGUCAGACUUUAUACACUUGAGCAUUCUCUGGAUGUCUACCGAAAGACAGAAGGCUAGCAGAAACUUGGGCGUAAUGGUUUUCAGGUCAGAAUUCACUACCCAUUAGCUCUGCAUCACUAGCACGGGCACUGAGAAUUCAUUCUUUCAUUUGUAACAUAGCAAUCGCAUAUUAAUUCUUCCGGUUGGAAUUAUGAACAAAAAAGAGACUAUAUUGAAGGAAGCUAGCCUGAAUUCUUGGCUCAAUUAGUUCCCAUGUCUAGAAUAAAGAAGGUACGAGAUACACGAUUAGGAAGUUUCUUCACUGGCGGCUGAAAUUUGCACCAACCAUCGAUACUAUACACUUCGAUUUUGGUGGCUGGAAAGAGAAGUCGAGCAAUGAAUAGGACAGUUUAUAUUCUGCACUGCAGAGGGAGGGCUGCUGUUAUAUUCUGUAAUUCUGUUAUGAAGCCAGAAGAAGCUCUUUCCUUCAUAUUCUUCUUAUUGUUACUGUUGUCAAAGAUUUUUUGUUAGAGACUCUUCUUCUCCCUUGCUUUUGAAGUUUGAUACCAGUUGAGUGAAACUGUAGAAAUAGAGGUAAGAAAAUGAAGAUUGCUGCUAUGUUACAAACAGGUUCCGUCUUAAAAUUUUGUUGGGGGACUGGCUACUGCAAUUAUAGGUACUCCCUUAUAUGUACGAGGAUAAUGAUGGUGAUGAACCUCAGGAGAGACACAAACAUUUGAAAAUGUGCAGAAAUAUUCUUUCUUUUCCCCCUUUGUGUUGAACAGUUUCAUGAUGGUAUGCUUGAAUUGAAUUCUGAUCCUUUCCAUUU